ACCUCAAGCAGCAGCCAUUCGGGUGCCGACAGUCCCGAUAUGCCGGCUCCCUUGCCGAUUCAACCCAAACAUAAGAUCGCCAGAACUACCAUGUGCAAAAUGGGGAAAUAUCCAAUGUACCAACACGCCAGACGAACCACAUUUGCAGAUGAAGAGGCUGUUUACUUCAGGUGA